UCAGUGCAUUUGCACAGCUGAGCCGCGACAAACGUGUUUCAUUUCGGGCGUUCAGCGCAGUUCCGUCUACGCACAGCGCAAAAACGAUCGCGUCCAAUUUGACUCAGUGUUUCAAUACCCGGUUUGGUUUGGCUUUCGUUUGUGUCGGUUUUGCGGAAAAUUACUCUGCGCCCGGUUCUGCGCGUGUGAAAUUUUUACUACGGUCUUAAGCGUGUGUCGCAAACAAAGGAAAAUUAUAUUUGCAAGUGAAGGUCAUUAAUUAAUUCUUAAAAAAUGCAGUUCGUAUGACUUAACCAGAACUUCACAUUUUAUUCCAAAUAACCGAAACGACAAUCACAAAGCGGCGAAUUGCUCAACAAUUUCUGGUUUGCAGAUCAAUUAUAAAAUCAGCAAUACUUUUGCAAUAAACAAGUCGUAAGCCACGGGGAUCGAAGCCACCAAACCGCAAUGGAGGACGUUGUGAAAAGCGAAAAAUUCAAUGGACAUAAAAUGGAGAUUGCGCACCAUGAUCCCAACGAAAUAGUCGAAGCUGAGCCGCUCUCAUGGAAAUUUUGGAAGAAGCGUCGCUAUGUUGUUGUCUUCUUGGCAUUCCUCGGUUUCUUUAAUGUUUACUCGCUGCGCGUUAACCUCAGUGUGGCCAUAGUGGCAAUGACUGAGAAUCGCACAGUGAUCGAUGAUGCUGGCAAUAUUUCGUAUGAACAAGAUUUUCCUUGGGAUUCAAAGCAGCGGGGACUGAUAUUGAGUUCAUUCUUCUACGGUUACAUAACAACACAGUUCAUUGGCGGUUUUAUUGGCGCCAAAAUCGGUGGCAACAUUGUGUUUGGCUUGGGUAUCGGUACUACUGCGCUGCUAACGCUGCUCACACCCUUGGCCGCUAAGCAUAGCUUGGAAAUGUUUCUUGCUGUGCGCAUCAUUGAAGGUGUUUUUGAGGGCGUCACCUUCCCCUGCAUACACGCUGUCUGGUCGCGUUGGUCACCACCGCUGGAACGUUCACGCAUGGCCUCCAUUGCUUUUGCGGGCAAUUACGCCGGUACCGUUAUAGCUAUGCCUUCAUCGGGUCUCUUAGCCUCGGCUUACGGCUGGGAGAGUGUUUUCUACGUAUUCGGCACAAUAGGUUUAAUAUGGUUCUUCAUAUGGAUCUUGGUGGUGCGUUCGGGCCCGGAUCGUGAUCGUUUCUGCUCGGACGAUGAACGUGAGUUUAUACAAAAGAAAAUCGGUUAUGGCAGCAAUAAGCAAAUCAAACACCCCUGGAAGGCGAUAUUCACCUCGAAACCAUUCUAUGCGAUUAUCGCUUCACAUUUCUCCGAAAAUUGGGGUUUCUACACGCUGCUCACGCAACUGCCCACAUUUUUGAAAGAUACGCUCAACUUCAAUCUGGAUAAGACUGGCUUCGUUUCGGCAGUACCCUACCUGGCUAUGGGCAUACUGCUCGGUGUCUCCGGCUACUUGGCUGAUUGGUUGCAGAUUAAGAAGAUCUUGACCACCACGCAAGUGCGUCGCUACUUCAAUUGCGCUGCCUUCCUCGCUCAGACCAUUUUUAUGAUACUCACUGCCUACCUCUCGGAUCCAACAUGGUCGGUGGUUUGCAUCACCAUAGCAGUGGGCUUGGGUGCCUUCGCGUGGUCGGGUUUCGCUGUCAACCAUUUGGAUAUUGCGCCACAACACGCCAGCGUUUUGAUGGGCAUCGGCAACACGUUCGCCACCAUUCCCGGCAUUGUCAGCCCCCUUUUGACUGGCUACUUGGUCACGGAAAAAACGGCUGAAGAGUGGAAAGCGGUGUUCUUCAUUUCGGCCGGUAUCUAUCUCAUCGGUUGUGUCAUCUAUUGGUUGUGGGCUUCGGGUGAACUGCAAGAAUGGGCGAAGACACCCGAACAAAAGGCGGCAGAGGCUGAGGAGCGUCAAAGUGCUGUGUUGGCUAAGAGCAAUGGCAAGGAGGGUUAUGUGAACACGGCAGCUGAGUUCAAGGAGCAAUAAUUCAUAUUUACAUACACACAAGCAUACAUACAUACAUUACCACAUAUAUACAUAGAUGUGUGUACAUACGGAAAAGUUGUGAUACAGAGUGUAAGAAGCAGCGCAGAGGCGAAUCUUGUGCAUAUCCCUAUAAAUUGGUCAUAAUGAUGUAAUAAUUAGUUAAGCGAAAACGUUUGUUUGUAGAUAUAUGCCUAGCUUAAGUGUAAGUGUUCAGUGAACAAAUCAUAUUUGAACGACUUUCGAAAGUAAAUAUAACAAAUACCUAGUAUUUUUAAAGAAGAA